CCACAAUGUACGCAUGCGCAUAUGUGAGAUUCCAGAAUUAAACAUUUUGAAAAGAUUAUACACUGACUGAGUGAAAUAAGAAGGGGACAUGGCAGAUGCCGAUGCGGCCACUUUGGCCAAGAUCAACUACUACUGCAGAGAGAGGUACUUCCGACAUAUGCAGACUGCAGCUGUUGAGGGCCUCAAGAAAUAUGGCAAUGAUCCCGUGCUCAAGUUUUUCAGUGCUUAUGGCAUGGUGCUUGAAGGUCGUGUCCAGGAUGGUAUCCGAGAGCUUGACAUGCUCAAGGAGAAGAGAGAUAUCAACCUGUGUUCGUAUAUGGCACUGAUGUAUGCACAUAAACUCUCCAGGACUGUAGAUCGGGAAGCUGUGUCUGAACUAGAUGCAAGGCUGAAGGAUGAGAGAAAACAAGCUGGAGAAAAGGGUUUAUAUUUUGGAGCCUUGUUCCUGUUUCACAGUGGCCGCCAUGACAAGGCAAGGGAAUAUGUAGACAGAUCACUCAAACAGAACCCACAAUCUAAAGAGGCAUUGACUCUUCGAGGCUGGAUAGACCUGCUGUGUGGAAGGGACUCGUAUGCCAAGAAAGCUGCAAAAUAUUUUGAUGAUGCAAUGAGCCAAGAUGGUGUGAAGGAUAUGGAUGCUUUGUUUGGGAAGGCCAAGUUCUUUGAGCAGAGACGCAACUUCACAGGGGCUCUUGAACUGUUGAACACAGCUGUUGUGAACUUUCAGUCCUUUAUUCCACCAUUAAUAGAGAAGAUGAAAGUUCAACUAGCCUUACAGGAUUGGGAGAAUGUAAUGGAGACUGCUCAGAGGAUUCUAGCCAUGGAUGGACAUAAUAUAGAGGCCCAGAAGUAUAUCAUACUUCAUCUACUCUGUAGGGAGGGCAACUAUCAAGAAGCUGCAGAAAAGCUUGCUGACCUGUUACAAGAUAUGGACAGAAAUGAACCACAGAAUGGCCAACUGUUCUAUGAGAUGUCACAAGUCUUCUGUAGACUGUGUGGUAGGAAUUCUGCAGUGCUUCAACAGACCUUCUUCAUGUGUGAGAGGGCUGUAGGACUGGACAACUCCAAUGCUGACUUUGUUACUGAGAUGGGCUAUGAGUAUUUCAUACAGGGAAAGAUCAGGGAUGCUACCAAGUGCUACAGGAAUGCUAUGAAGCUGGAUGAAACAAGUGUACAGGCUCUCACAGCUCAACAAAGAUAUAGAAAAGUGUGUGACCAGCCAAAUCUGAUAGGUAUAAUCCAGUGUCAGUUGACAGAUAAUCAACUAGAAGAUGCAUCCCAGCAGCUAGAAUUUCUUAAUGAAAUACAGCAGAGUGUUGGCAACUCAGCGGAGCUGAGCUAUUUGACAGCUGUAUUGGCCAGGAAGAAGUCAGAGGCUCCUGAGAAAGUAACUGAACUCUUGAAGGCUUCAGUUGAGAAACACUUUGCUGGCAUUAAGGCAUUGUCCCUUAGCCCAGCUUAUUAUUUUCACUUGAACCCAGAUUUCCUGAUGCAGAUUCUCAAUGAUUUCCUCAUCUAUGCACCACAGAAGCCUGGAUCUCCAGGGCAACCAGUUGAUCCUGUGUUAAAGAGAUGUAAUGUUAUCCUUGAGAGCAUCACCCGGUCUGUACCUGGACUCUUAGAGGGUCUCUUCCUCAUGGCUAAAGUCAAAUACCUCUCAGGGGACAUUGAUGCUGCCCAGAGUACCCUGCAGCACUGUCUGGACACUGAUGCAACCUUCUCUGAUGCACAUAUACUCAUGGCACAGAUCUACCUAUACCAGAACAACUUCAAACAAGCCAACCAGUCAUUAGAGAUAGGUCUGAGCUAUAACUUUGAGGUGAGAGACCACCCCAUAUACAACCUUAUCAAGGCACGCAUCCAUCGCAAACAGGGAGAGAAUGAAGAGGCAGUCAAGACACUACAGAUGGCCAUGGCAUUGCCAGGCAUUAAGAAAAGUAGUAGGCAUAGUGCUAGUAAAAAGGGGAAAGUUAUCCAGCAGGUGAGCCUCAAUGACCGUGUCUCAGUAUUCCUGGAGUUAGCAGAGGCUCAUAGAGCCCUAGGAGAACAGCAUGAGGCAACUAAAGUCAUGUCAGAUGCAACAAAUGAAUUCCAUGGAACUCCUGAAGAAAUUCGUAUAACAAUUGCAAAUGCUGAGAUGUCAAUUGAUCGAGGUGAUGUGGAGGGAGCACUGACUAUGCUAAGGACAAUAACUCCUGAUCAGCCAUAUUUUGUACAAGCUCGGGAAAAAAUGGCAAAUAUUUAUUUGAAUCAUCGGAAAGAUAAACGACUUUAUGCUAGUUGCUAUAGAGAAUUAGUAGAUAAAGCCCCCAGUCCCCACACAUGUCUCCUUCUAGGGGAUGCCUACAUGAGCAUCCAGGAGCCUGAGAAAGCUAUUGAGGUCUAUGAGACAGCCCUUAAGAAGAAUCCUAAAGAUGGUUCCCUGGCCAGUAAGAUAGGUCAAGCUUUGGUGAAGACACAUAAUUAUGGGAAAGCAAUUAGCUAUUACGAGGCUGCCCUAAAAUCUGGAGGUCAAAAUUUCCUGAGGUAUGAUCUGGCUGAGUUGUUACUGAGGCUGAGGCAAUAUGAGAAAGCUGAAAAGGUCCUCAGGAUAGCAUUAGAUACAGACACACCCAACCAAGACCUUGAGAGCAUCAUGGAUGAGACGAAGUACCUUGUGCUUCUAUCUAAGGUGCAUGCCAAGAGCAAUAGACCAGAUGACUCCCUCCUGGCAUUAAAGAAGGGACAUGACACACAGAUCAGGGUCCUGAAGAGAGUCCAAGUAGAGCAACCCGACACACUCACUAAGCAAAGACAACUCAUGUCUAGUAUCUGUUGUCAGAUGUCAAAACAUUCAUCAGAUCAACGAGACUUCAAGAAAGCAAUAGACUACUACAAGGAGGCUCUCACUUACACUGAGAAUGAUGCUAAGGUGAUGUUAGCACUCUGCCAUCUGUACCUGCAAACUGAGGAUUUGGACUCAUGUCAACAUCAGUGUAUGAAACUGUUGCAGACAGACAAAGAGAAUGAUGCUGGCCAGGUGAUGAUGGCUGACUUGAUGUUCAGGAAGAAUGAAUAUGACUCUGCCAUGUACCAUUUCCAACAACUCUUGGAGAGGAAACCUGACAACUUUGAGGCUUUAGCAAGGCUAGUUGACCUGAUGAGGCGUGCAGGCAAACUGGAAGAGGUGCCUAGAUUCCUGGAACUUGCAGAAAAUGCCUCAUCCAGGGCCUCCAUGGAUCCUGGGUACAACUACUGUAAAGGACUCUUUGAAUGGUAUAUUGGCAACCCCAACACAGCCUUAAAACAUUUCAACAAGGCCAGGAAAGACUCUGACUGGGGACAGAAGGCCACCUACAACAUGAUAGAAAUCUGCCUUAACCCAGACAAUGACACCAUUGGGGGAGAGGUCUUUGAAAGCACAGACUCAGAGGGCUCUUCUGAGAAAAAUGACAGUGAACAGUUGGCAGUGAAGACUGCGGAAAAACUGCUGAAGGAGUUAAAACGCAAGCCUGGAGACCUGAUGCCUCAGAUACUUGAGAACAUGACCCUCAUUGCUACGAAGAACAAAUCUAAUAUUGAGAAGGCGCUUGCCUCCUUCAUGGAAAUAUGCUCCCAGGAAAGGGAUCAUGUUGGUGCUCUGUAUGGGAUGGCAGCAGCAUAUAUGGUAAUGAAGCAGACACCUAGAGCCAGGAACCAACUGAAGAGAGUCACCAAGGCCAACUGGACAAUGACAGAGGCAGAGGACCUAGAGAAGAGUUGGUUACUGCUGUCUGAUAUGUUCAUCCAAACUGGCAAGUUUGACAUGGCCACGGAGCUGCUAAAGCGCUGCUUGCAGCAUAAUAAGUCUUGCACAAAAGCAUAUGAGUACAUGGGACACAUUAUGGAAAAGGAACAGUCAUACAAGGAUGCCGCUAAGAACUAUGAAAUGGCUUGGAAGUAUGGAAACAAAAACAGUCCAAAUAUAGGUUACAAGCUAGGAUUCAACUACCUGAAGGCUCGUAGGUUUGUUGAUGCCAUAGAUAUCUGUCACCAUGUGCUUAAAGGACAUCCAAACUAUCCUAAAAUACGCAAAGACAUUCUUGAUAAAGCUAGAGCCAGUCUACGCGUGUAACUCACAGGGGUAAAUAAUUACAAUCACAUUGUAAUUGCAUGUCAUGCAUCCUUUUGGACAGAAAGAAGCUGCAUAUAAAUUGUAAUGAAAUAGUGAAGUAAAUUGAGUCUAGAGGAAUUAAAGAUCAGGCUUGUAUUGCUCCAUGGUACAAGGCGAGAUCUACAUGUAGACCUGUUUAAUAUGUGGAAUUCAUCUACCAUUUAACUUCACUGUUCAUUAUUCCUCAUGUUCAUCACAUCCCUAUUUAUGUGUCGGCUCAAUCUAUGGCUUUAUUUCAAAUUGAAUCUCUUGUGUGAAAAAAUGAGAAGAAUCCGUCCUAUUAUAAUGAAAUGAAAUAUGCUCUGCCAAGUGUACAUACAUGUAUUUCUAUGUUAGGUAAAUAUUAAAAAAUAUAAUCCACAUGUAUAUUUAUCGUGCAAAUGUUGCACAUUUUAUUUUAAACUGUAAUGAUGUAUAAAGUAUUUGUACAUAAAAAUAUUUAAAAUACAAAAAAUAAUCAAUAAAAUGCUGAUUUGUUGUAUAACAAGAA